AACUGAGGAUGAGUGUUGACUUGCCAAUUGCUGUGCACGUUCGUAAUGUUUGCAUGGGAGUGGUGAGGAGACGAUGCGAUGCGGUGCAGGUGGUGAGUGACAGUGAAGAUGCGUAGAAAAGAUGUUACGUGUUGUGAUGUUAAGGAAGGUGAAUGCAUGAUGUGGUGGUGGUAGCCGCCAGUUUACCCUCACAGCCUCCCAGUUGCCAUAUGCUCCACUAAUAUGUAGAACUGCCUCCGUUUGUGUUUUUGUGCAUAACCGUCAGAGGAUCACAACUACCUUACACACUUAGAUUGUAUAGGGGAACUUAGCUUGGCAAGUAUGGGUUUCGCCUUCCCAGAUUUCAUGGACUGCAUCAAGCAGGGACAGCGGCUAGCAAAGUUCAAAUACCUGACUCUGAUCAGGGACGUGAUGGUGCCUUACUCUGGCUUCCUGGAGACACUGAACCAACUCCUCAGCUUACGCCUCACCCACGAGACCGUCCGCGGGGAACUGAUAGAGCGUGGCACCCCCUGGCUCUUCCUGCACCUCCAUGAACCGGUGCCACUCCGACAGUAUGACCUCAGCGGGGAGUGCCUGUGGGAGUUGCUGCUUCUGGCCAUUACCGGAGGGCUGCUCUUCUACACUGUCUUUCGCUAUCUCAAGGGGCCCUCACUACCGGUAUUCAUGCGGAUCACCUACACUUUCUACGGCGCCCUUUACUUCUUCACCUUCGCUUUCGUUGUCGGAAGGCCCUACAUCACGGAGUUAAGACGCCUCACCGCCUGCUUUUACCGGGUGUACGUCCCUUCUGAGCCUAUCCACUUCUCAGCCAUCACCUUCCCCAGCAGCAGCCUUCAGCCACUCCUGCAGCAGCUCAGUACCCUCCGCUGCUCCUUGUACUUGCCCUUCCACGAGGUUCUGGACCACAUGGUAAACACCCUCAAGUAUCCUGGCUACGUGGUCUCCCCCAUCCUUCGUCAGCUACGCCGUCAGGAACUCGCUUCCUUCUUGACACAUCAUCACCAUUAUCAUCCAUCCGCCUGUCAUUCACACACACACACACACACACACACAGACACACACACACACACACACACACACACACAGACACACACACACACACACACACACACACACGGUUUGUCAGACGGGGAUAAUAGUGAAUGCUAACAGAAAAGAAUGUUCCAUACUGAAAUGCUUUAUAACAAGAGAAGAAGUGCGAAGAAAUCACACACUGAAUGAAUAAAAGAUGAAAUAAAACACCAG